AUGGCACCUUUUUCUUUUAUAAAAACAUCCACAUUAAUCUUUGCAUACCUAUUCUUAUGGUAUCAAACCAAUGAUCAACACCAGGUGAGUGCAUUAAGCACAUUAAAGGAUGAUGAUGUGUCAGAUUCAAACAGUUUAUACUCAUCAGAGGAAGAUAUAAAUAAUGGAAAUGGUCAUUUAAAGACAUUACAAGCAGAUGGAACAAAUGGUCCCCAUAAGGGUUAUGGGGAUUAUCAUCAUCCCCUUAAAAGGGGAGGGGGAGGAACUUCUCCCCCCUUUGGGGGACAAUACCCUCAUCCUACAAGAAGAUAUGGAACCACAGAAAAAGACCACGUCACUUCAAAUUUUGGAACCUUGAAGAGUGGAACACCAAAAAAUAAAAGUUUCUCUCAAAGGAGUAAAAGGGUGAAGGAUGUAUUUAAAGCUUUAUGGAAGAAAUGUGUAUGUCAUGGUCAUAAACAUCAACGUUUGGUAAUAAUUUUUGCGAUAGUUAUUAUGGUGGUACUAUAUUUAUUAUUUUUGCAAUUUGGUUGCGCAGGUAUGGGAUCCCAUGAAUUCUUCUUGCCCCUAGGGGCUAUGGAGAAGGGAAAGGAUUUGAUUAAUAUUUAUUCCUGCGUUAAGACGGCUUCCGAUUCAUCAGGAAUAAUUUCUGUAAUUCCAGCACUAAUAGGGGCCCUUGUGAUAGGUGCCUUAUUUGGAUUUUAUUGCUGGAAACUGGAGCAAUGUAAGAAAAGAGAAAAAUUUUAA